GAGAUCCACUGCACCCCUCAAGUCUGUGGGAAGCUCUAAAGAUGGCCAAAGAUGAUUCUACCGUCCGCUGCUUCCAGGGCCUACUGAUUUUUGGAAAUGUGAUUGUUGGCAUGUGUGGCAUCGCCCUGACCGCAGAGUGUAUCUUCUUUGUAUCCGACCAACACAGCCUGUACCCCUUGCUUGAGGCCACCAACAAUGAUGACAUCUAUGGGGCUGCAUGGAUUGGCAUGUUUGUGGGCAUCUGCCUCUUCUGCCUGUCGGUCCUAGCCAUUGUGGGCAUCAUGAAGUCCAACAGGAAAAUUCUUCUGGCGUACUUCAUUUUGAUGUUUAUAGUAUAUGGGUUUGAAGUGGCAUCUUGUAUCACAGCAGCAACACAGCGUGACUUUUUCACACCCAACCUCUUCCUGAAGCAGAUGCUGAUCAGGUACCAAAACAACAGCCCUCCAACCAACGAUGACCAGUGGAAGAACAAUGGAGUCACCAAAACCUGGGAUAGGCUCAUGGUUCAGGACCAUUGCUGUGGUGUGAAUGGCCCAUCAGACUGGCAGAAGUACACAUCUGCCUUCCGGACUGAGAAUAACGAUGCUGACUACCCCUGGCCCCGCCAGUGCUGUGUUAUGAACAAUCUCAAGGAACCUCUGAACCUGGAGGCCUGCAAACUGGGUGUACCUGGUUACUACCACAAUCAGGGCUGCUAUGAACUGAUCUCUGGACCAAUGAAUCGGCACGCCUGGGGAGUCGCCUGGUUUGGAUUUGCCAUUCUCUGCUGGACUUUUUGGGUUCUCCUGGGUACCAUGUUCUUUUGGAGCCGAAUUGAAUAUUAAGCAUGAAGCCUCACCACCAUACCUCCUUCUAGUGGCUCUGGACUGGUGCUGGAACCUGCUCCCUCCUCCUAGUCUCCAUCGGAGCUCAGCAGUAACAGGUGCAGGUCUUACACUGCCAAGUCAGGGGAUGUAGAGUUCCUCUACACACUUGGGGGUUUGUAUUCUCCAUAUCUUUCAUCCCGGUCUAAGAUUCUGCUAUGAU